AUGCCCUACCCUGGCGUCCCCAUCGAGUACCGCACCCUCUCCAUCUACGUCUCCGAGUCUCGCAAUGUCGACGCCCCGGCCGACCCCAAGGACGCCGCCAAGAACGAGGACUGCUUUGCCAACCUCGACUUCCACGAGCCCGGCGUCGACACCAUCUGCCAGCAGCUCAAUGUCGCCCAGGACCGGGGCCUGUCGGAGAGCGCUGCCGCCCUGCGCAUGAGCCGCGACGGGCCCAACACGCUGCCCAAACCAAAGACCAACUACUGGAAGAAGAUGCUCUUCUACGUCUUCUCUCACCUCACCUUUCCCCCUUAA